AUGGAGUGUGUUUAACGGGAGAGUGGAGGACUUAAUUUUCAGCGUUCAGAAAUGAUGAGAGCCAUGCAUUCAGUCCUCGCUGGUGCCUUCCUGACCCUGCUGCUCUGCCUCCCCGGCCCUGGUCAUGGAGAAUCCUACUUCGGGGACAGUUUCUGCAGCAUACAAGCCUUCCAAGAUGUCUCAACUUUCCAGCUGUCACUACGUAUUAAAACAAGCCGGCGGAGUGGGCUUCUGCUUCUGGCUGCAGGAAUGGAGGACUACCUGUUCCUAGAGCUCCUACAUGGGAAAAUUCAGGCACGAAUGAACUUGGGAGCUGGCGAGAUUGCACUGUCGUCAUUUCAAGGAGUGCAACUAAACAAUCUUUUGGAGCACAAAGUCUCACUGGCUUUGCAAGAUGGCAAGCUCACCAUGACAAUUGAUGAUGUCUUCCCAACACAUGUCCCCGUGAGCGAUGAUGGAGAGCAACUCAAUAUCGAUCUGGGCAUUUGGAUUGGAGGAACGGGAGACCUGGAGGCUUCCUACCUCAGCAACGCCAUUCCCCCCUUCCGUGGCUGCAUGACAGACAUCAAAUUUGAAUCCCAUCAGUUUGAUAUCCUCAGCUCAGCAUUUAAGCAGUGCCAUGACACCAAGGAAUCCUGCAGCAGUGAAUUUGAGGCUGGAGACGGGGAGGCAACGAGUUUCAGCACUCCUGAUUCAUUUAUGUCCUUCCCUACAUGGAGUGGAGUUGUUGGAGCUCCAAAGACUUUGGAAUUCUUAAUGAAAACCACCAUAGAGGACGCUUUGCUUGUAUUUCAUCCUGGGCGAGACUCAGACUUCAUUGCAAUUGGCAUUGAUAAAGGCUAUCUCAAAGGUGUACUGGACCUUGGGGGUGGAAUGGAGAUACUUGAGAAUACACGAGUGCAGCUUGAUGAUGACCAGUGGCACAGAGUUAAGGUUCAGGUCAACCAGACUACUUUUGUUCUUAACGUAAAUAGCGAGUCAUCCUACCAUGCUCUUGACGAGUCGCAAUCUCUGGAUUUGGUUGGAAAUCUGUAUUUCGGAGGUAUCCAGGGGAAAAUGAAGGAAGUUUUCCGUGAAAGCGGGUCCUUGGGUCGCUUUGAGGAUGACUUGACCUCUGAAUCCUUCAUUGGAUGUUUAGGGGAAAUCAAAGUAAACGAGAAGCAUAGAAACCUGCAAGAUGCUUUGGUGACCAAAGAUAUUCAUGUUAAAUGUGAAGGUGAAGACUACGACUACUCAACUCAGGAUGAGCUAGACACAACAACCUCCCCCCCUGUCACAGUUCGCUAUAUAUUUAAUGAACAGCAUUGUACUCCAACACAAGACAUGCCUGAAAUUUUCCAAAAUGUAACAAAACUUCUUGAUGUUACACCUUUGUUUGUACAUGAAGGUGGAGAAGUUUUUCUUGGUAUGACCAACUUAAACCCUACAUUUGACCUCAGCGCUGCAGGAAUACGACAGUCUCAAAUCAUCUUUACUCUCCUGGACGAUCCUAUAUAUGGUUUGAUUGAUAUGAAUAUUAACACAAAACACACAAACAAGUUCACUCUUAUGGAUGUGAUCAAUGAGAAAAUUAAAUACAUGCAUGAUGGAAAUGAAAUACAUGCAGAUGAGAUCCAGUUUGAGGUUGCUGCUCAUAGUAAUGACUACCUUCCAGAGUGUUUAAAAAUUCCUCAGCAAUAUAGCCUCCCAGUUAUAGUCUAUCCUGCUAAUGUAGGAACCCAUCUGAGUGGAGAUGAAAUCCCCAUUACACAAGACGGGAGGACUCGCUUGAGUGCCAGCCUCAUCACGGAGUCCGACUCCCGUUGCGAUGAAGUAGAGGUAACUGUAACCUCAGCGCCUUCUAUGGAAGUUGGUUACUUGGAAAAUGGUCUACAACCAGGAAGAAGUAUCUCAGAGUUCACUUGCAGGGAACUGAAAGAUGGAAAUAUCUUUUUUGUACAUAGAGAGGGUGGAAUUGCAGAAAUUGCCUGGAAAGUCUCCGAUGGACAGUCAGUAAUCCAAUCCAGUGUGUUUAAGUUGGUGCCAACACAGCCUCAUAUGACUGUUGUCACCAACACUGGCGUAACUUUAUCUCAAGGAAACAGUGCACCCAUCGGAGUCCAGAAUCUGGCUAUUAUUGCUAAUCCUCCAAAUGGGGACAUUUUAUAUAACAUCACACAAGCUCUGGUAUUUGGAGAACUACAAAUGAAGACAAGUGAUGGCACGUACAAGCAGGUUACUAGUUUCCACCAAUUUGAUCUGGAUCAGAACAAUCUUAGAUACUUAAGCACAUAUUCAUUUGAACAAGAAGACAAUAUGGUAGAGCGGAUUCGAUUUGACAUCCAUCUGGGCCAGUUUUCCCUUUCGGAUAACACCUUCUUAGUUAAUAUUUUCCCUGCACAAGUGAAAGUUUCAAACCUAGUGCCGUUGGAGAUGAAGUCUGGUGAAGAGCAAAUAAUUGGAAUCACUGAGCUUCAGGCUCAAGUAAAAGGCAAAACUUCACCCCCAGAAACAAUCAAAUAUAUUGUUAUCAUGCCUCCAACACUUGGAAGUCUUCAGUUGUCUGACAAAGAAUUGGCCGAGGGCGACAUGUUCACUCAGAAGGACAUUUUGGAUAAUGCUCUUAGUUACAGGGUCCGUGUGCAAAGAGCUGUAGAUAGUUCAGAUCAGUUUCAGUUCAGAGUUUUGGCUGAGGACCAGUCCUCUCCUUUAUACACCUUCCCAAUUAACAUCAUUGGCAGUGGCGGUGGCAGUGGCAGUGAAAAUGAGCCUGUUUUGACCAACCAUGUGAUGGUCAUUUUGCAGGGUGGGGAGCAGAGUGUGAACAAAGACCUCCUUUGGGUGCAGUCUGGACGUUCCACAGACUUCUUGUAUCAGGUCUCUGAAGAACCAAAGCAUGGACGGCUCAUGAGGGAUUCCCCCCCUGGUACACCUAGAUUUGAGGGGGCAGUUAGACUUUUUAGUGCUGAAGACCUUGAGCUUAACAGGCUGAUAUACAAGCACGAUGGCUCCACUACAGACAGCGACGAGUUCCAUUUCUCAGCAGUUGGUUCAAAUAAUCAGAAUCUUGUGACUGGUGUCUUCAAAAUAUCAAUCCAGUCCAAGAAUGAGCAUGCUCCUGUGAGGAUUGUGGAUAAGGUCUUCAAUGUGGUCCGCUACGGCCGUCGUCUGCUCGGAACUGAUGUCAUUCAGUUCAAAGAUAACGAUUCAGGUUUCAACGACUCUCAAAUUGUCUACGCUCGCGAGGGAAUCCUGUCAGGCAACAUUGUCUCCGCAUCUAAUCCAUCGCAGCCCAUUUUCCGUUUCACACAAGCUGACCUUAGAGAGAAGAAAAUCUUAUUCAUUCACCAUGGAGCAGAUCUCGACCGCUUCUCGCUACAGGUGUCGGACGGCAUCCACAGAACCACAGCGCUGCUUCAGAUCCAGGCAGGCGAGCCCUAUCUGCGAGUGGUGAAUAAAACCAUCAUCGUCAUGGACCACGGGAGCACAAAGACUCUCAACACCACCCUGCUGAGCGCCGAUUCAAACAUGGACAUCAGAGAUGACAGUGAGAUCAAGUUCCACAUCACAACCCCCCCCAGUGAUGGCAAGAUUAUCGUGAGUGGGAUUGAGGUUUUAGAGUUCACCCAGGAGGACUUGAAAAAGGGUGUUGUGUCAUACGAGCACAAUUCUGACAGUCUGAGCUCCAAGGACUCCUUCACCUUCACCGUCCGAGCACAAGGGCUCUCUGAAGAAGGCACAUUCAGGAUUAAAAUAUUUAAGCAAGGUUACCUUUCUGAGCCUGCCGUUCUAAUCAACGAGGCCAUCGUCUCCUUUGAGAGAGAGCCCACCAUAAUCAGCCCGCGCCAUCUCAAGGUGGAGCAAGCGGAUAUUUUGCCAAUUGAAAUGGUGUUCACAAUUAAAGAAGCUCCUCAGCUCGGUCACGUUGUCAUGCUGUCCAACACUUCAGAGGGCAUGGCCUCCCCUUUCCUCGACUACAUCCACUCCUUCACCCAGGAAGACAUCGACCAAGAGCGCAUCCUCUACGUGUCCACGUCCACUGAGGGUGAAGAUGCGUUUACAGUAGACGUCACUAACGGCUUCACCACGGUGGAGGAUCUGCACAUCAGUGUGAACAUCGUCCCGAGGAUCAUCCCCAUCCAGGCCUUCAACUUCUCUGUGAAGGAGGGCCUACACCGACCCAUUAAUGCUGAGAUAGUAAACGUCUCACAUCCCUUCUACAGCUCAGCAAACAUCGAGUUUAGCGUGGAGGAGAAUCCGCAGCACGGCGCCAUCCGUUACCUGGAUGAAGAUGAACUGAACUACUUUUCCUGGGAAGAGAUCAAACUGGGACAGAUUUUCUACGUGCAUGACAGCUCCGAGACCACGGAGGACCGUUUUAUUCUCUCCGCCUCGGCUUAUGACAUCGGGCGCCAGAGCCUCCCCAUCACCAUCUCCGUUACGAUCAUCCCGGUGAACGACGAGCCGCCCAACCUCUCACGCAACACCGGCCUGGAGGUUCUGGCCGGCGAGGAAGCGGAGAUCACCUCCAGCAUGCUGAGCACGGAGGAUGCAGAUACCCCCGCAGAGCAGCUGCUUUACAACGUGGAAAUGCCAACCAAUGGGAAGGUGGCAUUGAAAGAGGAACCCGAGGAGGGCGUCCUAAAUUUCACACAGGCUCACAUAAACAAAGGAGAGGUCAUCUUCAUUCACGAGGGUGAAGAGUCGGGAGGUUUCAGCUUCACCGUUACAGACGGAGAGCACACGUCUCCCCUCUACCGGUUUGUCGUCACGGUCAGGCCUUUCAACAUCGACGUGGUGACCCUGGAGGAGCUGGUGGUUUAUCCAGGAACGAGGCAGCCCAUCACAAAAGCCAAUCUGGAUGCCAGAACCAGCGUGCACGGGAAUGAGAUCGACUUCUCACUCGUCCGUCCACCUCGUCUGGGAAGACUCAUCCUCGCCAACGACAGGAACCAGUAUGAAGAAAUAAACCACUUCUCACAAUCGCAGCUGGAGUCAGGAGCGGUUUUCUACGAGCACCAACUCCCCGCCGAGCCGUUCUGGGUGGUCCGGGACUCCAUGGAGUUCGCCCUGUCCUCCCAACCGGCCCCGGACGUCCGCCGCGUCCUGCCCAUCACCGUCUCUUACUCUGCCGCCCACAGCAACGUCUCCUCGCAGCUGUGGAGGAACAAAGGGCUGGAUGUUGUGCAGGGCCAGAAGAAAAGCAUUGACGGGUCGAUCCUUGACGCCUCCAACCUCCUGGCAAGCCUGACUGAAGCCCAGCAAGACAAUGCGGACGUGGUCUUUGAGUUGAAGCGUUUCCCUGAACAUGGCCGUAUCACCCUGGACGGCGAGGACCUGCCCCGUGACGCCCCGUCCUUCAUGCAGGACGACCUGUUUCAAGGAAAGCUGGAGUACCUCCAUGAUGACUCCAGGGCCUCCUCUGACAGUUUCUCUUUCACGGCCCGUCUAAAGUCCGAGGGCGGUGCCGUUGCCUCGCCUGCCGAGUCCGUGGUCCUGGAGGAGGUCUUCCAUAUCUCCGUCAAACGGCGGGGCUCUAACGCCCCUCAGCUCGUCACCAACGACAUGCUCCUGGAGGUUCUCCAAGGCUCCAUGACCAUUCUGACCAACAACCAUCUGAACACUCAGGACGGAGACAGCCCGCCGGACGAGGUGCACUUCAGGGUGACCAAAGCGCCGGCCAACGGCCGACUGGUGGACUCCGUCACCAAGGAGCCCAUCUCCGAGUUCACCCAGGACAUGGUCAACCGCGGGCAGGUGGGUUUCUACGGCGACGGCAGCCUGAACGACGGCUUCAUGGAAUUCGUCCUGUCGGACGGGGAGCACGACACGGAGCCGUACACGCUGCACAUCGGCGUCCUGGCCCGCACCCUGUUUCUGGACAAAGCCCCGGAGAUUAAGGUGAAGCAGGGCGACGACGAGACCCUGGUGACCGAGGAGAUGUUGAGGGUCACCACGGGGGGGCAGGUGGAGGAAGACAUCCUUUACAAGAUCACCAGCGUACCCAAGUACGCGGCGGUGAUGGUGGACCGGCAGCCCACCUCGGCCUUCACGCAGAAGCAGAUCAGAGAGGGCCGGGUCAGCGUCCGCUUCGUCAAGUCCACUUCCCCCAGGGACAGCGUCUCCUUCACGGCCCGCAGCCGGGCCGCCAACGUCUCCUCGGUGCUCAACAUCACCGUGCAGCCUCUGGCCCACAUCGCCCAGGACCCCCUGCUGCCCCGGGGCGCGCUGCUCCGCCUGGACCGGAGGCUUCUGGACGCCACGCCGCUGGCCAACAAGACCGGCACUUCCCCAACGUUCACCGUCAUCCAGCAGCCCCGAGGGGCUCGCUUCGUCAGGUCCGGGGGCUCCAACGCGGGCCAGCCGCUCAACUCCUUCAGCCAGAAGGACGUGGAUGAGGGUCGCGUCGCUGUGGAAAUAGACGACGCUUCUGGCUCCCAAAGCAGCGCCAAUCAAGACGAGGCCCGGUUCCUGCUCAAAGCCCACGGGGUCCCUCCCGCGGAGUGCGUGCUGUCCUUCCGGACGGGCCCUUACAACGCCUCGGCCGUCUACCCCGGCACCCUGCUGAGGCUUCCCGGGGACAGCAACGACCUCCCCGACGUGGCGGGGGCUCCCCCUCGCGGGACUCCGCCCCGCCCGGCCUGGAGGGGCAACAUGGACUGGCCCGCGGGAGACGGCGUCACCACCACCGCGUCGCCCGACUCCAGCUCCCGCGGGAAGCCGCACGUGUCGCGCCGCAGCAACGUCUGGUCCAUCCUCAUCCCCAUCCUGGUGGUCCUGCUGCUGCUGCUGCUGGCGGCCGUCCUGGCCUACUACCUCGUCCACAAGAACAAGACGGGCAAGCACGACGUGCAGACGGCGGCCUCCAAGCCCAAGAACGGAGAGGUGGCCAGUGCGGAAACCUUCCGCAAGACCGACCCGGCCAACAAUAUCCCCAUGUCCAAUAUGGACUCCAAAGAAACGGACCCCGAGCUGUUGCAGCACUGUCGGACAAACAACCCGGCCUUGAAAAAGAACCAGUACUGGGUUUGAAACAUUUCUCAAGUGUUUGGAAAGUCUCCUCGAAUCAUUCCUCGCAGUAUUACAGACUUAUUACCAAGCAGUUUCAAUAAAUCACGUUUUCGAUGCCUUCGUGUAUUGACUUCUCAGCAAAACUGUGGACAAAUUCUCAGGCAAAGAAACACUGUACACUUAUUUGGCAACGAAAUAGGCUGUUUCUGAUCUUUGGAGGCUCAAGCCAUGUCUAUUUAUUUCACUUUUAUCAUUCCUCUUUGUCAAAGGGCACAAAUGAAGACAUAAACAUACUGAGUGUUUGCAAGAAAGUGUUUGGGGCGUGCUCUAUUAUUGUAUCCAUUAUGAUAGCGGGAAAUAUUAAUCACUCAAGUGGGUAGAUAGACUCAGUUAGAAUCUUUUUUCAGUUUUUGCAAGUCGAUAAGUAGGUACGGAAGGAACGAGGUGAAUGUCAUUAAGAUGAGAACAGUGUGUUUUUGUGUAAAUACAAAUUAAAGGUGAAAAUAGACAUUUUACAAACAUUCAUAUCCUGCUAGGGUGUAAGCUAAGCUGUCGCGCUGCCAGCUGUCGGCCCACACAGAUGUGCGACAGUUUCACAGGUUUCAGGGCGAAUUAAAAAGAUCACAAAUGCUUUUUUUUUGUGUGUGUAAGAAUAAGGCAGUUUCUAACUUCAAAUGUUUAAAAGUGAGAACCUUAUUGUGACAAUGUGCUCUCACUUUACUGAGUUUUCUCGCUCCGCGUCAGCCCGCCGUCUGUCAUAUGGGACUUUUCUGUGUGCUCGCACAGCGCUUGUAAAUGUUCACUGGACUGGCACGGUCUUGACCGCAUGACUACACUUUAUAGAGUUUAUAGACUGAAGGCAGGACGCUCAGCGCAGCCAAACUGGUCUUUAACACGUCCACACCGGCUGAGCUCGCUCCUGUCCGUCAGCCAGAGCCCACUUCACAAGCCUGAUUGGUGAAUAAAAGGACAGUCCAAGUCUUCAAAGCUUUUCCGGCUAUAAGCAUUCCCAGCGUGAGCUGAAUAUACAGACUGUCCUCCAAUGAAAUCAUCUUUUUUUUGUUUUAACUCUGUAUGUCUUGCAUGUGGAAGCUAAAAGGCUAAAAGGAGUCCUACUGUAACUCACAGACGACCUCUGUGACGGUUAGCUGAUAAUGUGGAAUGAGGCUCGCAGGUCAAAGAAAGAGAGUAACCUCUUCUGAGGUGUUCCACAGUUUGCUGUAUUUUAUUUCCCUCAUGCUGUAUACCAGUGUUGCCUUAUUUUCCACUUGUUAAAUGAGAAUACAGUAUUUUUGAUAAUAAUCCCUGUCAUUACCCGAUUUGAGUCACACAUGCGCAGUCGUGUCCAACAUCGUCGGCCAUCUUGGAAAGCAACAUACGGCAACACCACUUGGACAAACUACAGUUACGUCCCCAGACUUGAUAGACAAGCUCUAAACACACACUUGUUUUGAUAUACACUACUCACAAUAAGUUAGGGAUAUUAUUAUUUACAUGAUUGCUUUUCCUA